AUGAUGACCAAGAUUAUCACCGUCCUCUCUGCCCUCGCAGCUGCCGCAGUGGCGAACCCCACGGUUGGCUAUGCCGGAUACUACUUCGCAGACUGCGCUACUCCGAGCAUUGAUGCCGCCAACGCCUAUGCUGGAUCGUGCAUCAACGUCGAGAAUAUCCCCAUCAAGUCAUUCACUGCAUAUGUUGAGUCUGGAGCCUGUGCUGAUGGUACAUCUGCGGUGCUGAAUACCUACACUGCCUCUGGUUGCGAUGCAUCGACCCUAUUCGAGACUGUCAGCGUGGACAGCGUGAAGCAGUGCUUCGCGGCUGAUACUACCCUAGUCAGCUUGAAGGUUGAGUGUGUUUAG